GUUGUAUUACCGAUCAAUCGAUUAUACCUGAUAUGCAUCUGACAAUGCCAAUCGAUAAUAUUUUAGCAAAAUAUGUAUAUAGUAAAAGUUGAUACCAUGUACAAAUGUAUAUUUAAAAACAGUUAGUUGAUCGUACUUGCACUUGCACUAAGUAUUGUUAGUGAUGGUGAUUCAAAGCAAUAAUGAUGGGGUUGCCUAUGUGCAGGAAUGUUUGUCAGACGCCUCAGUAAGGCAUGUUUCUAUAUCAAACACAGCAUCUCAAAGCAAUACAGACGCAGCCGUAUUUUCAUACGAGUAUCCUUCUGACGAUGUCACAGUUGCGAAAUCUAGUAUACACAAUGAUACAAAAUGCAUAAAGGUGGAUAGGCAAGGAGACACAGAAGUUUACGCAAAGGUAGACACGUCUGUCGAUAGUGAUUCGUCAACAACAUCAUCCGUGAGUGCACGGGUGCGCGCUAGAGCUAAGAAAGUAUCAAGGCAAAUACGGCUUAAGAUGCGCAAUGGUUUAGAUUUGAAUUAUAGAAAGUUUUUGCUGGGGACUAUAUCGGUUAUUCUGUUCUGCUUGUCUGCUAUGUACAUACGAGAGUACGAUGUUGUCGGUACAUUUUUAAUUUGGGUGGAGACAGCGCCAGUUUGGACAGCGACGCUGGCGUUUUCAGCUUUAUACUUCUUUGUGGCUUUGCCCAUUGGGUUUGGCUACUUAAUACUUAAUCUUGGUGCAGGAUAUCUGUACGGAUUGUGGGUGGGCAUGCUUGUCACAGUCAUAUCUUCGUCAGUAGGAACCUUCUUAGCAGUCGUCAGUUGCCGCUUUUUCCUUCACGACUGGGUACAUUCAAAAAUAGAAAGUUACCCAACCAUGGGAGCGCUGUUGCGAGUGGUCAAUGGGCCUUCGAGGGUACGCGUUAUAAUUCUAUCGCGUCUGUCACCCUUUCCUUACGGCUUACAGAAUGCUGUUUUCUCCUUAUGUAACGUCGGGAUGGUGAAAUUCUCGUUAAUCUCUUUUCUAGCUUGCAUACCCAUGCAAUUUCUCAAUACGUGGAUGGGUACAAAGCUCAAAAGCAUUCAAGACGUGCUUGCUGGAGGUGGCUCAAUGGAUGCUAUGACAUACGCAUUGUUUGUUGGACAACUAGUUGUGGGUGCUCUUCUCUUAGCGGGCGUUUUGUAUGCAACCAAAAUCGAAUUCCAUAAAAUGGUUGGAGAAGAGUCUGGGGGCAUUGACUUGGAGUGUGGGUCUGGUGAUCAUACGCCUACACACGUGAGCUAUCAGCCAGUAGCAUCCGAAUCAGAUUCAGAUGACGAAAUGGAAGACACCGCAUCCAUCAUCUCAGAAGAGUUAUGAACAGUCAAGCACCAAUAUGAUAACAAAAUCACAAAACUACAAUUUUAAAGAACAGCUGGCUUUAUGCCGGUCGCAUCAGAGAAGCUAUUUAAACGAAUCCAGCGAAGUCUCGUUGUGAGAGGAAUACCUCGGAAUAAAUAAAU